AGGUACCAACAUCACAACUAUUAAAUUAAGAGCUAUAUUUGCAUUUAAUUUUAUGAAAUUUAAUUAAAAAGUCUUUUAAAGAUUCAAAUUAAAGCGAGAAUAUUCGUUGAUAAUAUUUUUUAUAUUUAUAUUCAAUAAAUAUCAUUCAAAUAAGACAUCAAAACAUAACCUCACAUAACCUUAAAAUCAUGCCACUAAUAAUAAUAACUGGAGUUCCUUCCAGUGGAAAAACAACCAGGACGAAUCAAUUAAAAGAAUAUUUUGAAAAUGAAGGCAAAGAAGUUCAUAUAGUAAGUGAAUACAAAGAAAUUUUAAAAGCAAAUUUUACUAAAAAGACAUUUUAUAAUGAUUCUAUUAAGGAAAAGCACAUAAGAGGACUUUUAAAAUCAGAAGCAACUAAAUUAUUAACCCCAACAAAUGUAGUUAUUUUAGAUGGUUCGAAUUAUAUUAAAGGUUAUCGUUACGAGUUGUAUUGUGCAACAAAAGCUAAUAGAUCGACUCAAUGCACAAUUUUAACACAAAUUAAUUAUGAAGAAGCUUGGAAACAAAACGAAACUCGCACAGAUGGUGGAGAAAAAUAUGACAGAGAAACUUUUGAUGCUUUAAUUUUAAGAUACGAAGAACCUGAUAAAAAAAAUCGAUGGGAUUCACCUUUAUUCAUAGUAUUUCCCAGUGAUAAAAUUAAUUUUCAAGAAAUCUCAAAUAAUUUAUUUGAUAAAGCACCACCACCACCAAAUAUGUCUACACAGAACGCUCCGUUAAGUUCAACUAAUUUUUUAUAUGAACUAAAUAAAACAGUAAAGAUAAUUACUGAUAAAAUCAUUAAAGAUAUUCGAAGUGGAGUUAAGGGAGAAAUUACUGUACCUGGCGUGGAAGAUUUAACUCUAGAUAUUACCGGAAUUGGCAUGCAAAAGAUUAUUAAUUUAAAUAGGCAAUAUUUAACUUUUUCUAAAAUGCAUACACCUGAUAUUGAAAAAGUUCCACAGUUGUAUGUACAAUUUUUAAAAGCAAAUUUAAAUUAAUAAAGUUGUAUUUAUUUUAA